UUCCUGGCUAAGGUAAUUAAGGGUCUAAGUGGGUUCCUAAUUUAGUUUUCGAGGACCGAGUCAGCAUAUGUGUUAUUUUUAGUUUCCUGGAAAAAAGUAGAUCCUAGAAACAGGGGAAAGAAUGGAAUUCCCCUGUAUAUAUACCUUUCUGGGGUCUUUUUUUUUUUCUUACAUUCAUUGUUACCGUCUUCAGUUUCGCCUCCAAACAUGCCUCAGGGAUCGCUUGAAGUUUUUCUUGCAAGUGCCAAGGGUCUUGAGGACACUGAUUUUCUGUUCAAAAUGGAUCCAUAUGUGAUCCUCACUUGUCGAACUCAGGAGCAGAAAAGUAGUGUUGCAUCAGGGUCUGAACCGGUAUGGAACGAGAAUUUCAUAUUCAAUGUGUCGGAAGGAGCUGAGGAACUAAAACUGAAAAUAAUGGACAGUGAUAUUGGUAAUGAUGAUUUCGUUGGAGAAGCUGAAAUUUGUUUAAAGUCGGUAUUGCGAGAAGGACGCAUUCCUCCAACUGCAUAUAAUAUUGUAAAAAAUAAGGAGUUUUGUGGGGAGAUUAAAGUUGGUCUCACUUUCAACCCCGAGGAGCGGAGUUCCAGAGACUAUGAUGAUAGGGAUGAAUAUUCUAGAGGAUGGAAGGAGUCUUCACACUCAGACAGAGAUCGAACUUCCAGAAGGGAUGAUUCCCCUAGAGGAAGAAGGCACUCUCCAGAAAGAGAAAGGGAUUAUAGAGGUAGGGAUUCAGACGAAGAUCGUAGAAGGGGUGGAAGGAGGAGGCAUUCUUCAGACGAAGACUAGACACCAUGCGGUUUCCCUAUCAAUAAAGUUUUGAUUCAACCUGUUUUUGUCGCUAUUAAUUGUGACAAUGGACAAUAAAAAAUUUCGUUUGCUUUUUCGAUUUGA